AUGGAACACGAUAUUAUACGCAAAUAUGCGGACAUCCGGGUUAAAAUAUCCGGUUGGGACGAACGCAUCCAACAGUAUCCACGCGAUUGUCCCCGGAGUACGGUUGGGGAAGCCGCCUAUCGAACGUUUGGAUACACCACAAAACAUUUCAUUCCCCGGACGAGUGCUCAGGAGAUCGGGAACGCCACCUGUAUGUCGCACCCGUUGCAACGGAGGCAUAAAAUUAUUCGACCCGAGGUCAUGGUUUGCCCAUACAUCACCACCUACCAACGUCACUACUGCCGGGGAGACGUGAAAUGGGCCAUUCCUCUUUAA